AUGACGGUUCAGGAGCAUAGCAAGCUGCUGCUGGAUAGCACCCAUUUCAGCGACAUUCGCAGCGCCGUAAGAUCGCGUUCCGUCGCAUGGGACGCAUUGGCCAGGUCCGCCGAGAUCAGCGGCCCCGAUGCAGCGGUGGCCAAGAAACUUGAGAGCGCGCUCAUCAAGCACACUGGCGUGCAGAUUUCGGCCAGCGAGUGCGUGCCCUCCGCCAUCCACCUCCUGGAGACCGCGCACAACGUGGACGUGCAGAAGGCGGUGCACAACCUUGUCGCGGAACUGCUCUCUUCCGAGGAAUACGCAGACACCACCAUUGAGUACUUCAGCAAGAACCCCAAGGCCGUCGUGGAUCUCUUCAACGCCUCGCUCACCGGCGACGACCAGACCGUGCUACUUUCGGGGUUCAACAUCGUCUCGUUGCUGAUCCAGCCCGAGCUCAGAAACACGGAUCUUGUCUCCAAGCUGCUGCAGCACCCCCGCUUUAAUGCUGUCUUGCAGAACUUGGACCACAUGGACACCAGCUACGUUUGCAUCCGUCUGCUACAGGAAAUGUGCUCUGUCAAAGAGUACAGACGUGUCGUGUGGACUGCCCAGGCCUCUUUUGUACCUACGCUUUUCAGCGUUGUGAACAGGGCUCUUGACUCCAACGCUGCCAACAGAGCGGUGCCCACCAACAGCAACAACUUGGGCAUUCAAAUUCAGUACUAUUCUCUAUUGACAUUAUGGCUACUAACUUUCGACCACGAAAUUGCCUCGGAAUUGGCCUCCAAGUAUCUCAGUGACUUUCUCAACUUGCUGAAGCUGGUCAAGGUUACGAUCAAGGAAAAGCUCUCAAGGUUGUGUAUUGCCACCAUUUUGAAUUGCGUUUCCCCCCACGUCAAGGGUCACAAGGCCCUCAUCCGCCAGCUGCUUCUCUUGGGUAACGCUUUGCCCAUUUUGCAGUCUUUGAGCGAGAGAAAAUACUCCGACGAUGAACUUCGUCAAGACUUGGCUACUUUGAAGGAGCUCCUGGAACAAACCUACCAAGAAUUGACCUCCUUCGACGAGUACGAAGCGGAGUUGGACUCCAAACUUCUAGUAUGGUCCCCUCCACAUGUCGACAAUGGCUUCUGGGCUGAAAACGUUGACAAGUUCAAGGAACAAGACUGGAAGCUUUUCAAGAAGCUUGUUGCAAUCCUGGCUUCUCCAAACAACGAAGCUUCUGCAAAAACCACUAUACAGGUGGCUUUGAGCGACAUCACCCACGUAGUCGAGUUAUUGCCCGAGAGCGUGGAUGUGCUGGCCAAGUUGAACGGUAAAGUGUUGAUCAUGGAACUGCUAAACCACCCAGACUCAAAAGUCAAAUACGAAGCCCUAAAGGCUACCCAAGCAUUUGUUGCUCAUACUUUCAGCAGGUAA